AAUUUUGUAGUAGUUGAGAAUGUCGCUGAGGUUCCUGUCGCCGCGCGCGCCUUGGCAUAAAGAGUCAGUCAGUGAAGACGCUGUUCGGUACGAUCUCCAGUUGCGGCUCAAAUACGCUCUCGAGAAAGGGGACAUGGAUGAGGUUCAGGCCUGUGUGGAGGUCCGGCCUCGAGCCUUCACGAAGCCAGCCAAGUGGUAUAGAGUGUUCACUCCAUGGGUGAAGAAGAGCAGUCAACGAUGGAUAAGCAUGGGGGCGAAUGCUAAGGAUUUUGUAUAUGAUGAGCACGACCUGAUCCACGGAGAGGAGAGGUUCUCCCUUCCUAUACACUGUCUAUGCGGAAGUCCCGGGUUCGAUUCCCACAAGGCGGGUAUUUUAAUGUAUUUACUCACCACUGGCUUUAUAGAGGACGAUGACCUCUUGGUGGUUGAUUCCUCCCUGAACACGCCUUUGCAUCUCUGCUGUACUUGUGCUUUACCAGAGACGCUUCGAGCGAUACUAAGACGGUUGCCUGAUGGCCGCGGUCAGGGCUGUCGGAAUAUCGAUGGGAAGACCCCGGUGGAUCUCGCAGUGGAGGCGCCUAGUCUCAGCAGUUUACGGUUACUAUCUUGGACGAACCUCACAGGUCUAGAGGGAAAACGGGAGAGGUUUGAUCGGGUGGAAGAUGCCCUUCACCAACAACGAGAGGACCUGCGGCUAGCGGGAAAAUCUAAAGAGAAGAUAACUUAUCUGGGCCCUUGGUCUAUGGGAACAGCAGCGGUGGUACAGGAGAAUGACGAUGAGAGGAUCUUGGAAAUGCAAAGGAUGACCGCUGAGUUAUCACUCUACUGUGGCUUGAGUAGCGCUGAUGCUGACAAUCUGUUGAAGUACCACCGGUUUGAGCUCAAUGGAGCGAUUGAAGCGUUUGAGGCGGAUCCGAUUCAAGCUCUACGAGAUGCUGGGGUGAGUAAGAUACCGAAGUAUCUGGUGGAGGAGGCGAGGGGGAGGGAAGGGAAAGUAUCUAAAGGUAGGGAUGGUAAGAUACAAAAUAGGUCCGAUGUCCGCAUUGAGGAGGGUGAUGCCAGGUUGUUGGUUUGUCCAUCGGAAGGAUGCCGAGUAGGGAUCCCCGAUCAGGUCGUCAAGUUACUUGUGGAUGAGCAUACGGCUCUGCAGUGCGAAAAAAUAAGAGCUCAGAAUUACGUUGAUGUGUCGAAAGAUGUUCGAUGGUGUCCAGCGCCAGGAUGCGGCAGGAGUGUUAAAUUAGAACCGGUUAACUCGGCCGCAACGACAGUUCGUUGCUCCUGUGGUCACGAGUUUUGUUUCUCUUGUUUGAAAGACCCUCAUGAACCUGCUAAAUGCGGUCAGCUUGAGGAAUUUGAUAAGGCGGUGAAGGCACAGCAUUCGGCUGAAGAUGAGGAGUCGGAGGGAUGGGUGGAAAGUCAUACGACUAAGUGCAUCGACUGUUCGGCACCUAUACUGCGUUCAUACGGUUGUAACCAUAUGACUUGCCGUCAGUGUGGUGGGGAGUUCUGUUACAUGUGUGGCGCGAGAUGGCGCCCGUCGCACUACACGUGUAUGGGUGCGGACAAUACGGGGGACCGGAGGAGGAGUUCCCUUUCCACCGGCUCUGGGGAUGCCCGUGGGCGUUUCGGCCAACAGUCGGUGAAUAAGCUCCUUUCAAGUCGACUACGUGCGGACUGCCUUCGAGGGUUCACACAGGCUAAUGAGGAUUCUCAGGAGGUGGUUGACGCUGAGCAAUGGGGCCGUCUGUGUGAAGCGGUUGAGAUUGAGCCGACGCUUGAGGCAUUGAUCGAGGAGACCGUUGAACUAUGCAAUCCGGUUUAGGGGUCUUGGCCCGCUCUUAUGUGGUGCUCUACCUCACUCCUGCUGCUCCUGGGUACAUGCGUGCUAUACGGUUGUUGUCGGGGUGGACAUCUAGUCUGGAGAAGUCUUUGAGGUUGCUAUUGUCGAUUCUCGAAGUUAAUUCGGCGAAGGACUCGACUGCAGAGAGGCGAAGGGAAAUGCUGUGUAUCGUAUUAGCCAUACGAGAGAGAAAGGAGCUUGUUCUGGAUAUUAGCACGAGCAUUCAUUAUGACGUUGAUCACAUUAUUCGUGCUGGUCGGACGGGCCUCCUUCAUCAGCCUGGGAGUGUAGCUGGCGAGAUUAUUGGGGUAUUUGGUAGCGCGUUGCAAGCUGCUGCAGGUUUAGCUGUUCGAGGCAUCAGCUCGCUGACCACCAGGCUGCUUACAGGAGGCGAGCGUUGAUGAUGAUGAUGAUGACAAGCCGUUCAGAAUUCAUGCCCACCUUUGUUGUGAAUUUCUAUUGUAUAUUACAUCUCAUAAUUCUAUUACCAUUUUUACCAAGAC